UUGGCAGCACCAGCGAGGUUGGCAGCACUGACCCGGGAGACGCACAAGGGGCGCCAUAACAAAUUUCACCCUUAAACCCAAUUCUCCGCUUUACAAGCCACAUCUCGAGAUGUCUGUCGGCAAGAUUAUUCUGAAAUCGACAACAAGGAUGUCCCUGAAUGACCGAUUCACGGUGCUGCGUCAGGAGAAGCCUAUGGGUCAAGGCCAGGCAGCCCCGGGUAUAGAGGAGAGACGGCAGGCGGCUCAAUCAUCCCGGCGGAAUCAACGGUUGGCAGCACAGAUGGAGCGUCGACCUGCGGUUGUAGCUGCUUUGAAAUUAAAGAAGAAGAGUGUUGAGCAACGUCUCAAUGGCCCACGACCAUUAUCGGUGAAACAGCGCCUGGCAGUGAAAGGGCGGUUAAGUGUACCUGAUGACGUUGGAAUGGGGUCCAUGGUAACAAGAGGACGAGGAGGCCUGCGAGGACUACGAGGUGCAAAUUAUAGAGGAGCAACAUUCAGAGGUGUUGGUCCAAGAGGUGGUCGUGGAAGCUUUGGAUUAAGAGGUCGUGGAAGUAUUGCCGGAGGCCGUGGAAGUAUCGCCGGAGGCCGUGGCAGCAUGGUCGGAGGUCGUGGCAGCAUUACUGGAGGCCGCGGCAUUGGCGGAGGACGUGGCAUUGCAGGAGGCCGGGGCAACAUUGGAGGAGGCCGUGGUAGUAUUAUUGGAGGUCGUGGCGGUGUACGUGGCAUCAGAGGUGGAAGGUUCUUAAGGGGUCGCGGUGGACGUGGCAUGAGUCAAGGGCGUGGCGGUCCUAGGGGUGGACUCCGUGGCCGAGGCUUUGCCGCAGCACAAGGACGUGGAACUACUAGGGGUCGAGGCCGUGGAGGACGCAUCAGCCGUGGUGGACGUGGGAGCCGAGGAGCCCGUGGUGGAGCCAACGUCAAUCCCGACGGAGGAAACUUUACCCGUGAGGAACUUGAUCAGCAGCUUGACGAGUACAUGAGCAAGACUAAGACCGUCCUCGACUCCGAGCUUGAUCAGUACAUGAAAGAUGCCCCAGUUUAAAAGUGCUAUAUAUAUAUAUUGUAUUGGAAUCAAGUACAGUACAUGUAUUUUCUAGCCAGAAAUGAGUUUUGAUGCUCAUUGACCCAAAAAGUGGAGUGGAAUACUAUUUGUGCAACACCCCAAAAUUUAUUUUGUAAAAUAAUGAUUAUAUUUUACCUAUUCAAGGUAAUUGCUGUAAAAAUGUAAUUUGGAUUGAUACCACUGGCAGGCACAGCAUAGUGAUGAAAAAGUAGUAUUCCUCCCAAAAUUGAGUAAAGUUAUAUUUUUUAUAUUAUACCAUCUGCCAGUGCUGGUAGUACAGUGCUUUUAUUGAUGUUUGUGGCAAUGUCAAUUUUCCAGGAAAAUCUUUUCAAUCAGUUGUCCACUUGAAUUUGAAUGCUCAAAUACUCUAGUUUUCCAAAGAACUAAACUGUUGAAGAAUGACUAAUAGUUAUCUUGAGAAGCUUUGCUACAUUUACAUCAGCCCUUUCCCCCCCCCCACCCCCCAUCCUAAGGAAAUUGUGCCCAUUAUAAUUGUACACAAUUGUACAAUUAAAUUGAAAUCUAACACAAUUGUGCACAUUAAUGUUUUCACACACGUCUUCUCGAGUGCAGUUGGUGUGGACCCGACACUCGUCCACGUGUGGUUUAGGUUCACAUGAUCGAUCAUUUACUCUUGAAGGGAAAGGCCUGGCACUGUGUGUCACAGUUCAAAGAUGUUAAUAUUAGCUAGGGAAAAAUGAAUUAUAUAUCCUAAUUAAAUAAUUUUUUUAUUUAGUAACCUUUGUGUAAUUAGUGAAGUGUUUGUAGUAGUUGGUUAUUAUCUGGACUAAUGUUAUUAAUCCAGAGUUGAAUAAUAAGACUUUGUCAGUGUUAGUCUUGAAUCUUGUGAUUUUCACCAUGUCAAACUUGAACAUUUGUUUGUCUUUCUUAUGUAUGUUCAAUAUUUUUGAGAAUGUGUUCCUUAUUUAUGCACUUUUUGUUUUAAUACUUUAUUUUGUAAUUUAUGUAUCAAACUUUCUUGUUAAGUGAUUGAAACUUUGUAAUAAUGAAUGACUUCAAGUAACUGCUGUGUGUAUUUUGAAGCCUGCAUUUUUGGAGUAAAUAACUUGUAUAAGGGUUUUUGCAUUUGCACAUUACCCUCCAAACACGCGGCGAUGGCGCGUCUGGCAUCCUCUCGGACGUAGGUUUGAAUAGGACGAUGCUACAUUUGAACCAGUUUUUAAACCUAACAAGUUAUAAGAAACCAAUAUAGCAAGUUGUAAUACAUUAUACCAAGAUGUAACAAUUGUAUUGCAAGUUGUAACAAGCCAAAAAUAGUGACAAUUAGUUUGCAGGUAAACUAGAUAAAGAAUGUUUUUUUUUUUUUUGUAAGUGAUAGAUGUUGCCUUUGUUAACGGUAUCAAUACCCAUAAAUUAUGGUAUUAAUACCUUUGACAUUUUGUUUGGUGAAGAAACGAGAAGUUUUAUUAGUGCUAUGUGCUGUUAAUUGUGCAAGACGUGGAUGCCAUUACACAACUUGUGCAACAAUUAUGUUGGAGUUGUUAGCUGAAGAGUAAGGAUUUUUGUGAUGAACUUGUUCCAAAAUGUGUACUAAUGGAAUAAUAUGCUGGUGAAGCUUGCACUAGUCACUUACACUGUAGAAGCUUUGUUUCUAUUUGCCAUGUAUCGUUUUAUACACUUUGUGAAGCCAAUUUGAAUAUACAGUACAGUAAUCAAUUAGAAUAAUACUUUGAAUAAGUUGUAUAUACUGUGUAUAAUAAUUGCAAGAAAGUGGUUUUUAUUGUCUUGUCGAUAAAUCAUGAAAACAGACAUGAAUUUGGCAGUAAAUUGGUAAUCUAAUUUAUAUGGAAUAGAAAGAGGAAAGGAUACAACAAUUUGAAAUUUGAUUUUUUUACAAGUUCCAACCUUGUCACUUGCAGUGUGAUAUUUUGAAGUUAGCUAAGGUAUAUAUAUAUGUGUUUUUAAAGAAUUAUUGUAAUUUAGUCAAUGUACUAAUAAGGAAAAAAGUAUGUAGCUACUCUUUGUAGGUACUGUCUAAACUCGGUAACCAGAUUUAUUUGGGGCCCACCCUCAUUCGGGUUAGCCAAAUAAUUUUACAGGAAUGUAUAAUUUAAGAAAACAAUUUAUUUUGGUUUUUAUUUGGCAGAAAUCUCUAAUCCAAAUUCCUAUUCUAUUUGGGUUAAAAAGAUUAAAAACUCGAACAUGAAUUCAUUUGGAUUACUAUUAAAUUCAGCUUACUGGAAUCUGAAUUACCGAGACUGAUUUGGUAAAAUAUUUGUACUUUUUGUUUUUAUCGCUGCAAGUAUUUCACAAUUGUUUGGUGAAUCUCUUCAUUUUUACUUAUUAUGUUGGUUACUGAUGGAAAGGUCCUCGUUCAAUUGAGGCAGUGUUAAUAAGUCAACUUGUGUUGUUGAAGAAAGCACUUUGAAGGAGUGAAAAGGUCAUCAGGGUUGGGAUGAAAAUCAGUUUAAAAGCCUUAAAGUUUUUCAAGAAGUUGUUGAGAAGCAAGAGAACAGAUUAUGUAAGAAAAAUAACAAAAACAAAUAUGGCAACAUUAAAAGAUUAAAAUGGCACUACA